UGAGCAACUGCUGCAGUGAACAGAGAGACUCUAUAGCGUGCAAAACGAGAGCAAUGUAUGCAAACAAAGAGGGAAUGCACAACAAUCUGAUCGACGAGCCUGAAAAUGACUACAUCAGUCCAGAGGUGCGAUAUUCAGUAUUACAGAAUGCUGCAGGUAAAAGUGGACAGCGAUUUUGCCAAGAACCCUUCAAAGUGGCAACAGCAUGCCUGACUGCCUUCUGCCUCAUCUUACUCAUGAUCCUGGUGGUCACAAGUAUUCACAGUGGUAAGGGCCGUUCCUCUGGUCAGGAUUCCCCCUCCAGCGCUUCUGAAACACACAUGCAGACGGGCUGCGCUAAUGUAACGGCUCUGACUGAAGAAUUGCAGACUGUGAAGAAAGAGAAGCGGGAACUUGAGAAAGAGCGGUCGCAGUUGAAGGACAAAAUCACUGAGCUUGAGGCAACCCCUGCAUCACGCACCACUCCAGCACCAACGAAGAGUCCCUGCCCUGAAGACUGGAAGCUCUUUAACGGCAGCUGUUACUUCAUCUCAGUGUUUGGCAGGAGUUGGUCAGACAGUCAGAAGUACUGCAAGCGGAAUGGAGGACACCUGGCCAUCAUCCAUACACCUGAGGAACAGACGUUCAUUUGGAACCUGCUGCCCCGUGGACACUGGAACGCUUACUGGUUUGGCAUAAGUGAUGAAAAAGUAGAAGACGACUGGUACUGGGUGGAUGGAACCAAACUGGUUGGAGGUUUCUGGGAAGAUGGCGAGCCCAACAACCAUAUCAAUGAAGACUGUGGCUACAUGAUAAAAACAGAUGUUUUAAGCCGUGUGGCUAUAAAGAGCUGGUAUGAUGCGCCGUGCUACAGGUCCUUGCCCUGGAUCUGUGAGAAGACGACUGAGUCUACUUGAUCAUUGCUCCCACCAAUCCAAACAGACCACUAGCAAUACAAUCUGUAAUGCAAUUACCAUUGUGUUUAGCAUGCAUGGUCUCGGGGUUUUAAAUGUUUGGAAAAAAAGAAAGAAAGA